AAGGGUCUCAUGGUGGCUUUCUGGCAGGAGUGGGUGGACAUGGUCUGGCAGAUGACACAGUUGCUGCUUCUGGCUCUGGUGGCUGCUGCAUGGGGCGCCCAGCCCAGGACUCCACGGGCCAGGACAGACCUGCUCAACGUCUGCAUGGAUGCAAAGCACCACAAGACAAGGCCAGGCCCUGAAGACAAGCUACAUGACCAGUGCAGCCCCUGGAAGAAGAACGCCUGCUGCUCCGUCAACACCAGCCAAGAAGCCCAUAAGGAUGUUUCCUACCUGUACAGAUUCAACUGGGACCACUGUGGCAAGAUGGAGCCUGCUUGCAAGCGCCACUUUAUUCAGGACACCUGUCUGUACGAGUGCUCACCUAAUCUGGGGCCCUGGAUCCAGGAGGUGAACCAGACUUGGCGCAAAGAGCGGGUCUUGAACGUGCCUCUCUGCAAAGAGGACUGUGAGAUCUGGUGGGAAGAUUGCCGCACCUCCUACACCUGCAAGACCAACUGGCACAAGGGCUGGAACUGGACCGCAGGGUAUAACCAGUGCCCAGUGAAAGCUGCCUGCCACCGCUUUGACUUCUACUUCCCCACGCCUGCUGCCCUGUGCAAUGAUAUCUGGAGUCAUUCCUAUGAAGUCAGCAACUACGGCCGGGGAAGCGGCCGCUGCAUCCAGAUGUGGUUCGACCCGGCCCAGGGUAACCCCAACGAAGAGGUGGCGAGGUUCUAUGCUGAGAACACAAAUUCUGGGGCCGUGCCCCAGUCAAUUGCAUCUUUCCUGCUCAAGCUGGUCCACAUGGUGCAUUCCUGGUUGCCUAACUAAGCUGUUCCCACUGCUAUACCUGGAUACUUUCCUUACCUGAACCCAACAUGGGUGACUUCAGCUCAGCCCAGCUGCACUCUCUUAGAUGAGGAGGACUCACAGUACCCUGGUCAUUGUUUCCUGAUCCAAGGUCCUAGGGGGAUCCUCUGACAGCUUAUUCCAAUAGAUAUAUCCAUGUGUGUCCUG